AUGCAGAACACUGAGUCUCUGGACGGGUCCAUCCAGAACACUCUCUCAGCCCUCUUUCCCCCCUUCGAGGCCACAGCCCCCACCGUCCUGAGCCAGCUCUUCCAGGUAAUAGAGGAACGUUUCCAUGGAGACGCCCUCCAGUGUCUACUGGACUUCCUCAUCCCGGCCAAACACAUCCUUGAGAGUGUUCAGCAGGCUGCCUGUGCCCAGUACUCUGAUGUGGUGUUCUGCUGUGAGGGCUGGCCUCUGUGUCUGCAUGAGAAAGUGGUGAUCCAGCUGGCCCCGAUCAACCCCCUAUUUCUGUGCCCAGGGGACUUCUACUUGCAGGUUGCUCCCUUCUCUGAGCAGGCCGCCCGCAUCGUGGUCCGGAGCCUGCUGGAGGACGGACAGGGUCAGGUGGUGGAGGUGGAGGAGACACCCAUCCCUGAGACCUCCUACCCCUGCAUCUUCUCUGAGGACUGGCUAGGGGAGAUCAACCAAGGCCGCCACGGUACUCCACUUAGCCACUGUGUCCUCUCCACAGACCAGGGCAUGGUGAAGGUGCCAUGGGCGCAGGUGACUCUCCCUGAGUUUGUGGAUAAACCCAGAACUAUGGCCUCAUCAUCUCUUUCUCCGGCUGCUGUUCAACAGGAGGUAGUGGCAGGGCCCGGGCCCUCAUUGGUCCUGCCUCACCCUGCACCUGCGUACUCUGUGGAGACUAGGAUCUCUCCUGCUAAACAUGGCAUUGCGGUGUCGCUGCGUCUGGUGGACAGUAAUUGCUCCCGGCUGGUUAAGGUGGAUCAGGAUGGGCCUAUGGCUAAGCCCAUAGGCUGGGUGUCUCCCAACACAUGGGACAGCCGCAGCAACAACACCUCUGAGGUUGAGGGGGAAUACGUGGACUUGGUGGAGUUCACUAACAAGAAAGAAGCAUUGCUCCUCAGUGGGGCUCACAGUCACAAACGCCCCAGAGCGCUCAUGUCUAGGCCUGUUCCACUUAACAGGCCUGGUGUCCCUCUGGCUCCAGCCCUGCCUCUGUCCUUGGCCCAAGCCCUGGCCCCCAACCAGCCCCUCAGGGAACCCUUACACUGCGGCCGGACCAUCCGGUCCUCCGAGGAGCCCCCCUGCACCCCUUGCAUGAGGAGGAGAAUGGGCCAGGUGUCCAAAGCACAGGAGCUCAGGUGCCGGUACAGGGAGUCUUACCAUUCAGCACUGCAGAACCCUGUUACCUUUGAGAGAGACAAUACACUGAAUACACUGGCGGUUCUGGAGGAGGCUAGUCCAUGUGAGGGGAGGCUGGGACUAGAGGAUGUCUCCCAGGCUCGCCAACCCUCUAUGCCUGUUAGAAACGGACAACAGACCCCUACACCGGCCCCUCUCCCUGAGACAACCCAGCAGCCUCCGGGUCACUAUGCUGUUUCCAGGUCUAAGGUCCAGGCACCAGACUCAGCGGAACCCAGCACUCACCCCCUCCAGAUGGGAAUAGCAUGUCUUACUGGUGGCAGAGACAGGACAGGUCGGUUGGUGGUUGAGGUGUACGGAGACCAGGAAGGAUGGAGAUCUCCUUCAGUGUCUAGUCUAGAACUCUGCAAACUGCUGCUCUACCUCCACUCUGUAAUCAGGAGAGAACUGAGAGAACUUGGACUGACACUAGUUAUUGAUGCUCGGCAGAAUCCACCUCCAUCACAGUUCAAUAAGGCCUUGCUGAUGCUUCAGGAGCAGAUUCCCCAUGCAGUACACAGUGUCCUUAUCCUGGUGGAGAAAGAGAGCUGCCAUCGCCCAGAGAAACGUCCUGGACAACAGAUUGAUGUAGUGACAUCACUGAAGGCGUUGCACAAGCUGGUGGAGGGGAGCCAGUUGACCUACGGCCUAGAGGGCACCCUGCUCUACAGCCACCAGGACUGGCUACAGCUCCAUCAGAAACUUCAUCCCUUCAUGUCAGAUCUCCAGGAGGCUUCAGGUUUGCUACUGAAGGCCAUCAGAAAACUAGAGGGAGGUCGUAAGAUUGACAAAGUGCAGGAUGUACAGAGGUGUAUUCUAGAACAGAGAACGCUGAUGAAGGAUGUUCUGGAGGACAGCCGGUUGGUCGCUCUGCAAAGGGAGGGCGGAGCCAUGCUGUCCAGGCUGAGGAGGGAGAGUGACCUCAGAUACUCUCACUGUGAGGAUUACAGUGAUGCUGUAGACUCUGUGACCAGUAUGUACAACCAUGUAGAAGAGCAAGCCCAUAUGCUGGUGCAAAGAUCCAACAUGUCCCUGGAGCACCUUGAAUACCUACUUCAACUCAGAGAAAUGGAGGGCCACUUCUCUAAGAUCAGGCAAUGGUUUGAUGCCGAAGGGGAACGGCGGUUGCUGGAGGCAGAAUCGGUGGAUGACUCCAAAGAAAAGGUUGCACAUACUCUCCAGAGUUUCAGAGCAUUCCUCUCUGAAGCCAAUGAGCAGAAGCACCAGGCUAUGGUUCUGGUGACAGAGGCAGAGAAGAUCCAGGGCCCAUCUCCAUACCCUGAGACUGAGGUGUUCAGGACCAUGGUGUGCACUUUCAAGUCUGGCCUGGCUGACUCCCUCUCACGGGCAGAGAGGUGCUCCAGUGAGCUGGAGACUAUGGUUUCUGUGUGCAGCUUCUGUGAACAGGCUACUGAACUGGCCAAAGAUUGCAGACAAUACCUGGGCCAGGAGCAAGUUGGCAGACACCCAGAGACGGAUGAUAUCUCUACACUCCAGAUGUACCAGGAGAGCUUUGUUCAGUUCUCCCCAGAUCGCUUCCAGGAGGUGAAGGCCCAGGCGUGUGCUCUGAGGGGCUCCAGAGGCAUGCGGGUGUGGAACGUAGCCUGGCUCAAGUGUCAGGAGGUUAGGCAACAACUGGAGGAGAGACUACAGGAUGUGGAGAGGGCCUUGCGGAACACAGGCUCCUGGUAUGAACAACAUAGACAUGGUGAGGAUCAGGCCACAGCACAGACAGUGACUCAUCAUGAUAGAGCUCUGUUACUGCCCAGACCUGGUCCACCACACUGGUACAAUCCCCCAACAGGCUCUAUGGUGGAAAGGUAUCAUGGGAUCUUGGAGAGCAGGAACAACUCUGUGACCUGCUGUAAUAUCAACUUCAAGCCUCAGAAUAACAGACCUUGUAAAGGGUCAAAGGCCACCACCGUGCCGGCCUCUCCCUGUAUCAAAUCCAUUAGGAGAGCGGAGAGGGAUCCCAGCAGGAGAGAGGCCUGUCGAGGGAGGAGUGGAGAGGCCGCCACCCUUGCAGACUCACAGACGGUGGGCUGUGAGUGGUUCCCGUGGAAACGUGGGGGCCUGGGCCGAUCCAUGAGCGAGGACUCGUGUGCAACCGCCAUGUCCAGUCAGUCUGAGGCUCGGAUCCAGACACAGUCCUGCUCCCACGGGCAACCCUCCUGCCGGAUCCUGCAGGCUGCUCAGAAGUUCCAGAUCUCACGGCAUGGCAGCUUCUGCUCAGCAGUGUCCUGUAGUGGCCAGGAGAGGGCAGAGAAGGCCUCUUCAAGGAAUACUAGCUCAUCAGUGAGAAGGUGUGAGGGAACAACAUCUCUGGCAAGUCCAGAGGAGAACGCUGGCAGUGUUAUGAAGCUGCAGAGGAUCAUGGAGGAACUGCUGUUAACAGAAAGGGAGUAUGUGCGUUCCCUGGGCUACAUCCUGAUGCAUUACCUCCCCCUACUGGAGAGGACUGACGUGCCCCAGGACCUGCGGGGCAAACGUGGAGUGAUAUUUGGAAACCUGGAGAAGCUGUAUGACUUCCACGGCCAUUUCUUCCUCAGGGAGCUGGAGGCCUGUCAGACAGAACCCUUAGGAGUGGCUCGUUGCUUCCUAAGAUACAGAGAAAGUUUAGGCCUUUAUGCUCUCUACAGUAAGAACAAGCCUCAGUCAGAUGCCUUAAUCCUUCACCAUCGCCAUGACAUCUUCAAGAGGAAGCAGCAGGAGCUGGGGGACCACAUGGACCUGUCCUCCUACCUGCUGAGGCCCAUCCAGAGGAUCAGUAAGUACAGCCUGCUGCUGCAGGACAUGCUGGGGGUGUGUGGGCCUCAGAGAGACAGGGACAGGGAAGAGCUCCAGGCUGCAGCCGAUGUGAUCCGCUUCCAGAUGCGUCAUGGCAAUGACCUCCUCACCAUGGACGCCAUCCAGGACUGUGACGUGAAUCUGAAGGAGCAGGGCCAGCUGAUUCGCCAGGAUGAGUUCAUUGUGUUCUUCAGAAAGAAGAAGUGCUUCCGCCAUAUCUUCCUCUUCCAGGAUCUCAUUCUCUUCAGCAAGACGAAGAAGACAGAUGUGGGCAAUGAUGUGUACAUCUACAAACAGUCUUUCAAAACGUCUGAUAUCGGGAUGACACAUAACUCUGGAGAGAGUGGUCUGUGUUUUGAGAUCUGGAUCCGUAGGAGGAAGUCCCAGGACACGUACACUCUGAAGGCUGACAGGGCAGAGGUGAAGAGGUCUUGGACCAGAGACCUGGAGCAGAUUCUCUGGGAACAAGCUGCCUACAGCAGAGAGUGUGUUUGGUGUGUUGUAGACCUGCGGAUGCAGGAGAGGGUGUUCAAUGGGAUGGGGAGGAAACCUUUCAUGGACAUCCAGCCUAGUGAGGCAGCAAUCUGUGACAGGGCUGUCAACUGUGUCCUGCUAGGAAGAGCCCCGGUGCCGUCUUGUCUACAAACAGAUCUUGAAUAUCUCCGGCCCAACUCCAUUGGUUCAGGCAGUAGUGCAUCUACCUCCUGCAGCCACUCAUCUUCCUCCUCUGGACGAGGUUCUUUACCUCCGGUUGGUUACCCUGGCAACCAGACACAAGGUGGGGAGGCCAAUCAUAUUGUUCAUUCUUUCCCGGCGACUGUGACGGAAGAGGACCUCAGUAAUCAUCAUAAUCACCAGAAACAAAACCUUCAUCUCAUGGGCUGCACAGAUUCGUCAGGUGAGAGUACCAGUGUGUUCAUAAGCUCGGAACGCAGCUGCCUCUCUGCUAUUGGUGGAGAGGUGGAGGACUCGUCAUCUGUCACGUCCCAGAGUUCCCAGUCCCAUGUCAGCCAGAGAACAGCAGCACCCAGCCUCAAAAAGAACAGCUCACCUGCUACCAUCAGGAAGAAGCCCUCCAUCUCUCCCAAACCACCAGUGCUGGCUGCUCCACAGAGCCUGCAAAAGAUCAAAGAAAACCGACGGCCAGUACUUUCUUCACAGGGCAAAGAAAUGGUUGCUAUAGGAAAAUCAACAGAAGUUUAACCUGUGAAUUCAACGGGUGAGUUGAAACCAAAUACAGUACUUUUCAUUGCUAUGUACGGGGCAUAGAUGUGCAAUGUAGUCAUUUAACUUAUUAUGGGAUUGAUUUUCUUCCUGAUGGUUUCAUCCAGUCAGAUUGAUGGUGUAGCCUACUGAGAACGUCCUGUGGAUUUCUGAGGAGUGAUGAUGGAGUGCAGUCAAGCUGACUAUCCUGGCAUGAAGAAGGUUUGAAUUAAAAACGCUUUUGAUAACAGAUAUAGUAACUAAGACCUCUAGUUGACAAGCACUGGAGAGAAAGUCACUUUUGUUUUUAAAAGAGCUACUGUAUCUGGAAUAUUCUAGCUGAAAUAUCAUGAAAAUGAACACCUGAUGAACUGUGGUUAGCUUAAAAGGUGUCCAUUCAUCUGAUAAUACUACUUGAACAACCACUUCUUUAUCAGCUACUGCUUUAACUGAAUGACUAUGCGUUUGACAUCAUUGGCUCAUAGAACUGACUUCCCUUUUUCUUGUAAUAUGAUUGAAAUCUCAGCUAUGAAUUUCAAUGUUGCAAAUUUCUUUGGAACUGACACAUCCUUCCCAUGUGAUGUUGACUCUCUUGAUUACCACAUUUUUACACAUAUUUAACACUGUUUAUAAUAACAAUGUAGACAUUGUCAAACAACUGGCGAAAGAAACAACAGUCUUGUCCCCAUCAGUUUUCUCUGCAGGUUCAGGGCAACUUGUCAGUGGCAUGCUUAGACAUGAUUUGCUACCCAGACAGGUAAAUAGAUUUGGGAUCAAUUAUCCAGGGUCAAAAUAAGCCCACUGACAGGUGGGAAGAGAAGUAGCAAUAUACAUAGGCCGUGAUUCAAUCCAAUCGCAGAUUUGGACAAUGCACCAUUUAAGGUAAUUUCGGAUUGAGCCAACAUAUGCAGCGUUUACCGUGAAUGUGGCCUCUGUGAACACGGGAAUAUUGCUUAUAAAACGUGCAUUGCGGAGAGAUUGCGAUCAGAUUGAACCCCGGCCUUAAUCUAUUUUUUCCAUUUGGACAGAAAGCUCUGUGAAUAUAAUCUCUGGAAAGUGCGAACACCACUAACUGGCAAUUAUGUAAGGGUCCGUCUGGCAUCAUCAGAAGCCACCAAUUUCUGACUGACUAUUAUCCGGUUCAGUCAACAUUUUAUUUUACAAUACUGUCAUUAUAAAAUAUGUACAUUAUUGACUUCUUUCUUUUCUUUUAUUAGAAAAAUGAAUGAGCAACUUUGCUUCCUUUUUAAAUGUCAAUAUGGUAUGACAUUCUUUGAAUCCACUGUUACCAAUGUUAGUUUUGUUCAUUGUACACAUUUCCCUUUUUCUUUUUUUGUUAUGUUUUUUAUAUCCUGCUCAAUGCAAUGAUUCUCACUGCAAGCUAUUUGAUCAAUGCCAUUUUUGUAGACAAUUGAGGACUUUUGCCUGUAUUUCUCCAGCAGCUAGUUUGAACUGCAGCUUACCCUUAUGUUGUGCAAUUAGAAGAAAUGGGAACAACUUCCUUCACUGGAAAAUGAAACUUGCCACCUCAAAAGGUCAUAGGUCAUGACUAAACCUUGUGACCUGACUGACCGAGUAUAGUCCUUUUGGUCAACACAUAGCUAUCGGUUAAACUGUCUGUAUCAGAUAAUUAAUAACACUGUUGUGUAGGCAAGUGGUUCCCAACUCCGGUCCUCCAGUACCUCCAACAGCAGACAUUUUUAUUGUAGUCCCGGACAAGCACACCUGAUUUAGCUUGUCAACUAAUCAUCAGGCUCUCAAUGAGUUGAAUCAGUACUGUAUGUUUGUCUGGGGCUACAACACAAAUGUGUGCUGUUGUUGGUAUUUCAGGACCAGAGUUGGGAACCAGUGGUGUAGGCUACCCUGCUGAACUGAACGCUCCUCUACCAGCUCCCUUCCACUGUCCUGAAAAGUCAAACAUGGGUUAACUGCAGUGUCAGUGCACAGAACAUGAGUAUAAAAAUGAGGCAUUGAGAUAUUAUUUAUUUAAAUGUGGGUUGUCAUUUAAUUAUAACCUCUGUCUAUGAUAUUAAUAUAUGUUACAAAAAACAAUAAUGACAUAAAAGGUUUAUGCAAAAAUGUGUUUGUUGUUAUUUUAUCUGAAGAUUAGUAGAAAACUGUUGUAAAGUAUUUAUAGACCUCCAUGCAAGUGUCAGG